CGCACGGGGAGCCGCGCGGACGCGUCCGGGGAUCAUGGGGGACCCGCCGCCGCCGCUGCCCCUGCGCGCUCGCCUCAGCUACUCGGUGGGCCACUUCCUGAACGACCUGUGCGCCUCGAUGUGGUUCACCUACUUGCUCGUGUAUUUCCACUCCGUGCUGGGCUUCAGCACCACUCACGCGGGCGCGCUCCUGCUGGCCGGGCAAGUGGCCGACGGCAUCUGCACGCCGCUGGUGGGCUACGAGGCGGAUCAGGCCGGCGGCUGCGGGCGCUACGGCCGAAGGAAAUCGUGGCACUUGACUGGUACCAUCUCUGUCCUUCUGUCCUUCCCUUUUAUCUUCAGCCCCUGCUUGGGUUGCUCAAGGAACACGCCUGAAUGGGCUUCUCUUGUCUACUUCAUCCCCUUCGUCAUCAUCUUCCAGUUUGGCUGGGCAGCCACACAGAUUUCCCACCUCUCCCUCAUCCCGGAGUUGGUCACCAGCGAUCAUGAGAAGGUGGAGCUCACCGCUUUUAGGUAUGCUUUUACUGUCGUGGCUAACAUCACUGUGUACGGACUGGCAUGGUUGCUUUUGCAUUUCCAGGCGGAUGGCAUGGGACCACAAGAGAAAGCGCACCACCUUGGAUAUCAUGACAUUCCUGUCUUCAGGAACUUGGCUUUGAUCGUUGUAGCGGUAGGUGCUGUCUUUUCGCUGCUCUUCCAUCUCGGUACCAAGGAGGAAAAAUGCCCACCUGCUCAGCUACGUGACCCGGAGGAACGCACGCCACUGCUGUCUCCGGACCGAAGAAAUGCCGCUCAGCCCCUCCUUCGUUGGAAUCACUGGCUUUUGGAACCGGCCUUCUACCAGGUAGCAAUGCUAUACAUGUCCACCCGGCUCAUUGUCAAUCUCUCGCAAACCUACAUUGCAAUGUAUCUGACCAACUCCCUGUUGCUACCAAAGAAAUACAUCGCCACGAUCCCCUUGGUUAUGUUUAUCAGCGGUUUUCUGUCAUCCUUUCUGAUGAAGACUCUAAACAAAUUCAUUGGCAGGAAUCUUACAUACGGCCUGGGAUUGCUGAUAAUUUUGGCGUUCGCCUCUUGGAUCACCCUGGCUGGACAGCUUGGUGUGGAGGUUUACGGGGCCGCCGUUCUGCUUGGCAUGGGCUCAGCCACCAUCCUUGUCACGUCACUUUCUAUGACAGCAGACCUCAUUGGCACCAACACACAAAGCGGUGCCUUUGUUUAUGGGGCGAUGAGCUUCACAGACAAACUUGCCAAUGGAGUGGCUGUGAUGGUUAUCCAGAAUUUACACCCUUGCCCGACUCAGCUCUGCUGCACCAGCUGCGUGGUUUUCUACCACUGGGUGAUGGUGGUGGUCACUGGAGGCAUGGCAGUCGUGGCCACUCUCUUUCUGGCCAGCAUUAUGAUAUGCCCCAUUCGUGUCCGGUUCCAUGAGGUUUCGCUCACGGGGCUGGCAGGAACGGGAUCAGGGGAGCUGAGGCCCCCCAACGAAGACGUGUGUUCUGGAGUGGUCAACUGAGCUCCAUCUCCAUGAAAGAGGGACCGAAAAGAGUCACAGGCGGGGAUGCUGCAGCGGAGGUGGCUUGGAGGCCCAGCCUGGGUUCACCAAGGACUCAGCACUGCUUCCCCCAGCUGCACUCGAGCGUGUUUUGCACAGAGGGGCAGCUUCUCCUGCCUCCGCCUCAGCUGUCCUUUAUUUGCACACCCAAGACUGCUGCUUGGGCUAGUGAAGGAAAUCCUAAUCUUUCCCCCACCCCAAAUUAUACCACUAAGGCCAGGAAAUUGUUUUAACCUAAUUAUCAAUGUGUGUAUAUAUAUUUCUGUGUAUAUAUGUACCCCUAAAAAUAUUCAGGGGUGGUCUUAUUAAAAGAAAAAUUAAGCCACUGUGA